AUGGAUUUUGAAAACAGUAAGAAGCCUGAAAAUACAGACGGAGAUUUUCUCAUCCCAGUGCGAGUUUCUUCAAUCCCUACUCACGAAUCUGAUCUUGAAGAAAAUGGACCGAAUGAAUUGAGCAGAUCUUUGCAAUCUGAUCAUGAUACAACUCCAUUAGAUGUUGAACUUCUCGAAAAUAUUAGCUCAGCAGAUGUAGCUUCUGGAGAGGAAACUUCCACUGCCGUUAAUUAUUUUAAUGAGGAGCAACCGGAGCCUCUGAAUCUUCCUAUUCGUGAGCGUGAGGGCGAAGGUGUUGACAACUGGAUUAAAAACAAGAAAAAGAGAGAGAGGAACGAAGGAAGAGGAUAUGAAUAUGUUAGUCUUGUGAAAACUGAUAAAGGAACGGUAAAUAGAGUCACUAAACAUUACCAAGCCCGUUCUAUUCGACCAAUAAGCUGUAAAUGCAUUUAUAAGUGCAAAGAAACUUUGCGUCAUGAAAAUCGAAUUGCAGUAUUCGAUAAAUACUGGAAACUGGGCAAUUUGCAAGCACAGAGAAACUUCUUGGCUGGACUGAUCACUAAAGUCGAUAAGAAGCGUAUGGUUGUAAAUGCUAAGACUUGGGACGCCUUUUCACUGCAGAACGCUUACAAGUAUUGA